CCUAUUCCGGCAACCGUUCGCGCGGGAUCGGCGGCGACGAUGGCGUCGUUCGCGGAGGCGCCCCCGGGGAACGCUGCCUCCGGCGAGAAGAUCUUCAAGACCAAGUGCGCCCAGUGCCACACCGUCGAGAAGGGCGCCGGCCACAAGCAAGGGCCUAACCUGAAUGGUCUGUUUGGGAGGCAAUCUGGCACGACUCCUGGUUAUUCUUACUCUACGGCCAACAAGAGCAUGGCUGUGAUUUGGGAGGAGAAGACGUUGUAUGACUACCUGCUUAAUCCUAAGAAGUACAUUCCUGGAACUAAGAUGGUGUUCCCUGGACUGAAGAAGCCUCAGGAACGUGCUGAUCUCAUUGCAUACCUGAAGAGUGCCACAGCUUGA